AUGUCUUCAAUGCUUCUCUCUCUUAACUGCUGUAGGCAAAUAAAGUCUCAAGAAGAAAAUCAUUGCAAAAUUGAAAAGAUUACCGAUAACAAUUUACGGAGUAGAAAAUCUAGGCAUCAAUCAAGACGUUCAGUUCAGAAAAUUCUUCUUCUUGGUACUGGAGAAAGUGGAAAAAGCACAUUUCUCAAGCAGAUGCGUAUUAUUACUGGAAAAUCUUUUUCCAAUGAGGAAUUACAAUUUUUUAAGUGCAUCAUCUAUGACAAUAUCUAUAAAGGGACACUAUUUCUUAUUCAGGCAAAAUUUGACAUCAUGCUGCGACGACGUAAUACCAUGAUUUGA